AACCUGGUUAAUCGGUUUCGCCUGACUCUACAGCCAUGACAUCUUUCAAGGUCGUUACAGUGCUCUUGUGUUGCUUCGCUGCAGUCAACUGCGUUCCGGCUUCGUCGGACCAAAGAAGCUCGAGGAACGUCAUUCAGACGGAAGACGAUCUCUUGGAUAGUGUUUACGCCGAUUGUUUGAAGAAAGAUUCGAUUUCUUGUGCGAAAUACAAGCUUUACAAUGUCGUUGAUAAGAUGUUGGGUCAAAAAGACAUCACUAUUGCCGACGGUGUGGAAUUAGUGUCUGACGAAAGUGCCCCAGCUCAAACACAAACCGCAAGGGCCUUGAAAGGUGACGAAACCGUCGAGUCCCUGAUCUUCGACAAGUUCGCCACAUUCUUCGACACCCAUAAUUUUAAAAUCGAACUUCGCGGAAAGGAUUUAGUUGAAACCGCCCGAUCUACAGCUCGCUCAAUUGGAGAUGCUUUCGCGGAAGAAGAAGAAACCGAAGAUGAUGCCGUUGAGGAAGGUCGUGGUAAGAAGAAGAAAGUCAAGAAGAUCUUGGGCCCCCUCAUGGCUAUUGCUGGUUUAAAAAUGGCUAUUUUGGGAAAAAUCGCGUUGGCUGUCAUCGCUUUAAUCGCUGGUAAAGCUCUCAUCAUCGGUAAAUUAGCUUUGGUCCUCUCUGCCAUUAUUGGAUUGAAAAAACUCUUCGCAUCCGGUGGAUCAUCCGUUACCCAUGAAGUUGUAGCUCACCCACACCAUUCAACCGGACAUGUUGUUUCGCAUGAUACAUCUUAUGGUGGAUCGGCUGUUGGUUACAGUGCUGAUGUAAGCGGUGGAUAUGGAUCUUCAUCUCACGGAGGGUGGCAAAGAUCGCUCGACGCCCAGCAAUUAGCUUACAGGGGUCAGAAAGAAGCUUAAAUAAUGAAACUUUAGUUCUUCUCACGUUUUCAUUUUUUUAAUUAUUGUAAUAAGUUUUAAUUUAAAUAUUUA